AUGGACGAAAAAGAAUUUGGAGUGCUUAUUAAACAUUUGCUCCUAAUAAACAAAAAUACCGUUGAAGCAAAAUGUUCGCUGUACAAAUGUUAUCGGGCCUCUGCUUUAUCAAAAACAACAGUCAAGCGUUGGUUUUCUGAAUUUAAGAGUGGACGAACAGACACAAAUGAUGCUGAACGAUCUAGACGCCCAAAUGAGGCUCUUAUUUCAAAAAAUAUAAAAAAUUGCACAAAAUACUUUUGUAACAUGUACGCCUCUCGAAAAUUGACCGCGUCCGUUGACCUGGUGACCUAUUUGGAAACCAGCCGGGACCUUUGCGAGACAACCUCAAUUCUUUUUGGCGCCGCACUGGCAGUAUACCGUAUUAUAUGCGCCAAACUUUCCACGGCUGGACGCGCUACUGGGCAAAGUAGCGUUAUCCCAGCCUGGAGAAUAAGAAUUGAAGAACGUAUCGCAAAGGCUAGGGCCCUCAUCGGCAGACAGAUAUGCUUCAGGUCAGGCAAUAACAGACCAAGGAUUGUGCGCACCGUCAGGUUGGCAUUUGCUGGAACAAAUGUUAGUUUGUCCCAGCCGGAUAUAAUGCAAAAACUGACGGAGCGCAUAGACGACCUGAAGCAGAGAAUCGCUGCUUGGGGAAAGCGGAUUCAGCGAUAUACCGAGAGGUCGACACGGUUCAACAAGAAUCGUCUCUUCCAGAGUGAUCAGAAGAGGCUCUAUAAAUCAUUGGAGCGAUCAUUGUUAAGUGGAACGGGCCCAGCAUUGAAUCAGGCCGACACUGUCGCAUUCUGGCACGGCCUGUGGUCAGAGCCCGUAAACCACAGCGAGGGCCCCUGGACGAAAGAUGUGGUGAGUCAGUGUGCGAGUAUUACGCCCAUGAACCCCGUCAUCAUAACGCCGGAUGAUGUAGCUGAGGCGGUUCGUAGAGCCCCGAACUGGAAAAUUCUGGGACUCGAUGGGCUGCAUCACUACUGGCUGAAGGGGUUCAUGGUGUGUCACGCUGUGCUUGCCCGUCAGUUUCGAGGCCCUCAACCAGAAGACGCUCCCAAGACUCUUCACUACUGGCUCAUUCUGGUCAUUUGGUUUCUAAAGAUCAGGGUGCCACAGACCCGAGCAAAUAUAGCCCCAUCACGAGUCUACCGACCAUAUACAAGACACUUACAUCCAUUUUGA